AAGGAAUCCUCGGUUGGCAGAGGCGUACUCACCACAUUGUGGAACUUGUACUCUGUAUGUGCUUUUCGUAUUUUCCUAAGCACACUGUGCGCAGGAUCAACUUCACUGAUCAUGAAUUCGAAAAUUGGGAAUGCAAGGAUUAUGGAGGCAAUCAAGAAGCAUAAGGUGACGUCAUUGUGCGCAUCGGUCACGCCCUUGCAGUUUCUGGUGCGCGAAUUGUUGCAUGCAGGCGAGACGCUCAAGAGCGUCACUUACGUCGGUAGUGUCGGUGGCACGCUGCCCGCGUCAAUAGUGGAGCAGAUGCGGCGAGUGUUCGACCUUCGUCACCUGGGUCAUGCAUACGGGCUCACCGAGGCCGCUGGCGUGGUGAUGGUGCCGCCCUCCCGCGACAAGACUGUCUCCUCCCUCGGCUACCCUUGCGCCGGCGUGCUAAUCAAGGUAGUUGAUGUCGACACGAGGGAUCCUCUCCCAGCUGGAAAAUGCGGCGAAAUUUGCAUUAAGAUUCCCACUGUCAUGAUGGGCUACUUAAACAACCCCGAAGCCACCAAGCAAGUCCUCGACGCUGAAGGAUGGCUGUUGUCCGGCGACUGCGGCUACUACGACGAGGAGGGCUGUGUGUACUACGUCGACCGGCUCAAGGACAUGAUCAAGUGCCGCGGCUGUCACGUGCCCAUUUCUGAGCUCGAGCAGCUGAUCGGCUCCAUGGCCGAAGUCAGAGAGGUCGCUGUAGUGGGAACGCCCUCUGCCGAGUACCAGGACGCAGCGGUAGCGUUCGUCGUGCCCGAGCCGCCCGCCACCGGCACCGCUGAUGUCGCCCUGAAAAUUAAAGAGCACGUGAUUGCGAAAGCGCCGUUCCACAUGCACCUACACGGAGGCGUCAUCUUCAUCGACAGCCUUCCACGGAAUGAUAUCGGAAAAGUUCUGAAGAGGGAGCUCAGAAAGAUAGCAUCUGACAAAGAUACAGUGAAGUUCUGAAACGUUUGACACCGUCAUGGCAUAACCGGGACUUUGUUUUGUCGUCG